UACACCAUCUGUACAAAAUGAGUACGCAUUAAGAGCGUACCUAAACAUUCGUAAAUAUUCAAAGUCAAGUAUAACAAUAUAUUAUAACGAAAUCGGAAUGAAACUCGUAUUUCGAAUAACAACUUACUACUACAAUAAUAUGUUAUAAAACUUCUUCGAUAUUAUUAUAUUUCAAUAUUGUGUAUUGUGAAGUCUCAGUGAUAAUAGAAGACAGAAUGCCCUUACCAGCUGCAUUAGCUGCUCGCCUUGCAAAAAGAGGAUUUAUUUCUGGUUCUGAGAAACAUGAAUCUGGAAAGAAGGAGGCAAAGAAGAAAGUGCAUGAAGAAGUAAUAGCCGAGGAUUAUGAUAAUGCAAAGGAAGAAAUCAAUCAGAUUGACUUAUCCCAAAAAUUUAUGGGUUACAGUGGAUGUCCUAAUAAAUAUAAUAUUUAUCACGAAUGUACAAAGAAAUGUAAGGAAUUAUGGGGACUGGGACACGUACAACCUUCUGACAAAUAUUUGAAACAGCAAAUGAAGCUACUCCAAAAGUAUCCUUUACCUGAAACUUGGAAAGCUGUUUAUGAUCCUGGGUCUGGGCAACAUUAUUAUUGGGAAUGGACAUCUGACUUGGUAUCUUGGUUACCACCAGGUCAUCCGAAAUUUCAAAUGUCACAACCUGCAUCACAAUUACGAGAGGAAUUGCAUUUGAAGGCAGGCGAUCAAGAUGACAAUAUGUCCAGCGAUGAGAGUUGCAGCGACCAAGAUGCAAUGGAAGUUAGUAAUUCUGUAGAUUUACAGCCUACAUGUUACAUAAGCAUCAUGAACGAAAUUAAACAGAUUCAACAUGUAGGAAUAACGUUUCUUCAGGUGGACGAGCCUGAUUCUAAGAAAGAUAAAAAGAUCGAAAGCCGUGCAAGAUACAAGGGACCGGAUAGCAAAAGAUCCCCGAGAUCCGAUAGAAUAGACAGCAAAGAUAAAAAAGACCGAACGUUAGAUCCUAUGGAUCCAGCGUCGUAUAGCGAUAUUCCUAGGGGGAAAUGGUCGGACGGAUUGGCUAGACACAACGAAGCAAAAACGGGUGCCGAUACAACUGCUUCAGGACCUCUCUAUCAAAUGAGGCCGUACCCCAGCCCGGGCGCGGUACUUCGCUCAAACAGAGCCAACAAGGCGGAGUCAGAAUCGUCAAAUAAACCGAAAGUUGCAUUUCCGGAGAAACCAGAAUAAAUACGCUAAUAACGAUAAUAAUGGGACUUCUAUGUAUUUUUUCCACACUCUGAAAUUAUUUGUUAUGAACUGUAUUAACAUCUCCGUGGCCACUAAUGUAGCACUAUGUUUCGUGUACGAAGUAGUACACCAAGUGCAGUACUAUAUAUCAUACAUACAUACAUCAAUCAAUGGC